AUGGCUGAAAUAACUCCAAUAACAGAAUGGCCGGAUUAUGCCACCAAUCCUCAAGGAGGAGAUCCUUUUACUCAGGAUCUGAAUGCACCAUAUGACAAGGGAGACUUGUGCUGGCUACUUGUCUGCACCAUUCUAUGCUGGCAAAUCACCCCCGCAAUUGGAUUCCUCUACUCCGGCAUGCAUCGUCGCAAAUCUGCUUUUACCAUGAUAUUCCAAUCUCUCUUCUGCGCCUGCGCGUGUGGUAUUCAAUUCUGGGUGUACGGGUACUCUCUCUACCAAUCCCACACAACGGGACCUUUCAUUGGCGAUCUUUCUCUGGCAGGCCUGCACAAUGUGCUCGCACAACCCAGUUUGGCCAAUUCCGAUGUUCCAGAUAUCCUCUAUGCUGCUUUUGGAUUCACAUUCGUUACAGCUACGGCGAUGAUUUUGGCUGGUGCUAUGUUGGAGAGAGGACGUCUCGGGCCCAGUAUGCUGUUCUUGCUUUGCUGGACAACAUUUGUUUACUAUGUACUCGCUUACUGGGAGUGGAACCCGUCAGGAUGGCUUUAUAAGCUCGGCGUCUACGAUUUCGCAGGUUCAGGACCGGUACACAUUGCCAGUGGUUUUGCAGCCCUGGCUUGGUCGCUGAUGCUGGGACCUCGCAAGGAUCCGAACGGAGAGUCUCUGCACGCCAAACUCCCUCACUUCAGACCUCAUAAUCCUUUCUUGGUUGGACUGGGUACGAUUCUCAUCUGGUUUGGAUGGUUUGCCUUCAAUGGUGCUUCCACUGCAAAUCUCAGUCUUCGAAGCAUCUACGUCGUUGUCAAUACAAAUUUCGCUGCUUGCGGAGGUGGCCUGGCUUGGACCGCUCUCGACUACGCUUUCGAUCGCAAAUUCAGCAUUCUAGGCUUUUGCUCUGGCAUUAUCGCUGGUCUUGUUGGAAUCACACCAGCAGCUGGAUUUGUCCCUGUCUACGUCUCCGCUCUCGUCGGCGCUCUCACCUCGACAUGCUGCUUCUUCACCACCCGCUACAAGCACCUCAUCUCCAUCGACGAAGGUCUCGAUAUCUUUGCUCUUCAUGGCGUCGGAGGAUACGUUGGUGAUGUCCUCACCGGUUUUUUCGCCGCAUCAUUCGUGCCCGCUCUCGACGGCAAGUCCGGCACCACAUAUGCAGGAGGAUGGUGGAAUCAACAAUGGAAGCAGAUGGGGUAUCAACUUGCCGCCGCUACGGUGUGCGCUGCUUGGUCCUUCACCAUUACUUGCAUCCUGCUUUUCAUCAUCAACAGAAUCCCAUACUGCCAUAUCCGAGAGGCUGAGGAGGAUGAAAUCAUGGGUCUGGAUGCCAAGUACUUCUCGGAUGUGGAUUAUGAUAGCGAGAUGGCUGGUCUCAAUGGUCUUCUGAGUGGACAGAAUGGGAGUGGUGGAAGUAGUAUGCGUGCGGCGCAGAGAACGACGACUGUGGUUCAGGGAGAGACUAUCGCAGCGGAUGGAGAGAAGGUGGCUGUGAAGUCUGAUUGA